GAAAAAGUAGUAUGAUUUGCUGGCGUCACCCCUCUGCUCCGUGCGGGCGCGGCGAAUGGCAGGUCCCGAGGUCGCAGCUUCCACUGGCGCGGGUUGAGUUCCCUGUUGCCCUUGGUCUCGGGGUCGCUGUCGGCGCUGAGGCUGCAGCUAUCAUGGUGAACUUACUUCAGAUUGUGCGGGACCACUGGGUUCAUGUUCUUGUCCCUAUGGGAUUUGUCAUUGGAUGUUAUUUAGACAGAAAGAGUGAUGAACGGCUAACUGCCUUCCGGAACAAGAGUAUGUUAUUUAAAAGGGAAUUGCAACCCAGUGAAGAAGUUACCUGGAAGUAAAGACUGGCUAGAUUAUCGAAUGUUCACAUUUUAAAGUUCUGAGAGAAAUAAAAACAUGAAGAAUCUG